AUGGAUGAAAGCCAAAAACACGCAUUUGUGAACUAUGACCCCUCGAAUCCCCGGCCAAACCGGACCCAGCGCCGCGAAGUAUCUGCCUACAUCGGAAAACACUAUCGAAACCGUUCAGCCCCUGCGAAACGAGCACAGCAAGCCGCCGACGCCAACGUCAACCAGGAGAGGGCACGGCCACGCCUGCAGCCACUGGCACCUUUGCCAGAGCGUCAAACGCAGAUUGUCAUUCGAGGAUCGCCGUCUCGUGUCUUGAGCUAUGAGGCCAACCAUGACCCAGAGACCGUGGAAGCGGAGGAAAUCGCUUGGCCGCAAAUCCCUCAGUACUCGAGACCCGGCAUUGAAAGGGAGAAUGGAAUUCUGCUACUGCGGCCCAUCAUAGAAUGUUUUGUGCCCGCCUAUCCACCCGAGCAUCGUGAGAAGGUCUUUGAUGUUUUGGAUUUGCGUGAGUCGCACCUGACUCCCUUUACCAUGCGAGAGUUGAACAAGCUACAUCUGAUAUUAAGUUUCUCUCACAUGACAGACAUCCACUACCUGGCGGCCCGUUUGACGCACUGGGGCCCCGGGGCUAAUCCAUUUGUACGCUGCUGGGUACAAAUGAUCUGCGCAGACGUUGCGCUCUUUGACGCCGUUGCGGCGUUUACACAUGGGGUGCGGAUCACAACGCUGGAAGACAAGGUCACACCAACCACCACCAUGUUAUGGCACAAGGCACGGGCGUUGAAGGCGCUGCAGGCCAAAAUCGCAACAGGCGCAGGGACGGGGACGGGGCCACUAUCAGAGGACCAAGUCGCAACCUGGACGUCAAAUGAGACGAUUCUGUCGACUUUUUACUUGAUGGAAGGCGCCGCCAGAUUUGGUUACAAGAGUGAGUUCAAGGCGCAUUGCCAGGGAUUGCUGAGGAUGAUGCAGAUGAGGGGGAGGGUCGCGAGCGGAUGCUUGAAGGAUCUUUUUGUGCUGCAGGCUGCUGGGCUAGUCGAGGGUACGGAAAUGGCGUCUGCGAUCCGACAUGAAAGUAAUGAAGCACGCCAUGAAACGUCAACCAGUGAUGCGGAGUUUCCUGGAACGGCCGUUACGGCACACUCAGAGCUUCGAUACCCAGACUUGCAGCCGGGCACCCAGCUCAGUGGAUGGCUGAAAUCGACAAUCAACACCCUACCGGGGGGUUUUCGCGAGUUGGCGAUGCUAGGAAAUCUCAGCAUUGAGUUUAUCCUGCUUCUCAGGGAGCAGCUUAAAGAGUCCGAAGACGACACACAGGCAGCUGAGCGGCAAACCAAGGGAAUUAGACGAGCGCGCCUAUUGCUUACUCGGUCACAAAAUGUAGUCGAACGACUGGCCUGCCUUGGCAUGGUUGCGUUUCUCACGCGGCGCACGGCUCAGAUGCAGAUGUUCCCCGAGGUAGCUUAUAUAUACAAGCUCGGGCUGAUGGGAAGCCAGAUGCCUGCCUUUAGUGCAGGGGGCAAGUCGUGCUACCGUGAAUUGAGGGUCUGGGCGACCCUUGUUGGUACCGAGGUGGCAAUUACCGCUGGUGCUACUCUGAAGCAGCGGGCCCGUCAGCUAAUGAGGGACGUACUUCUCCAAGAGAGAUGGAUCGAUGGCUGGGAAGAUGUGGAGAGGAUAGCGAAGCGACACUUGUGGGAUGAAAGCACUCUGACUGCAUGGAAGAGCCAUUGGAUGAGCUACAGGAAAUUAGAGUAG